GCGCCGGCUUCAUCCCUCUUUCUUCUUCUUCUUCUUCUUCACACAAGCGUGCUCCUUCUGCUCUUGUGCUAAGUAGCUAGCUCACAACAGAAGAGGACGAGAGGAAGCAAGGCGGCGGCGGCGGCGGCAGCAACAACAUACACCGCUGGCCGUGGCGCCAUGGGCAUCCUGGACCACAUGUCGCAUGUGUGCAGCAUCACGGAGACGAAGGAGGCGCUCAAGCUCAGGAAGAAGCGACCGCUGCAGACGGUGAACAUCAAGGUGAAGAUGGACUGCGAAGGUUGCGAGCGUCGCGUGAAGAGCGCGGUGAAGUCGAUGCGCGGCGUGACGAGCGUGACGGUGAACGCGAAGCAGAGCAAGUGCACGGUGACCGGGUACGUGGAGCCCGCCAAGGUGCUGGAGCGCGUCAAGGCCACCGGCAAGAACGCCGAGAUGUGGCCCUACGUGCCCUACACGCUCACCACCUACCCCUACGUCGGCGGCGCCUACGACAAGAAGGCUCCCGCGGGCUUCGUCCGCAGCGCGCCGCAGGCCAUGGCAGACCCCAGCGCUCCGGAGGUCAAGUACAUGUCCAUGUUCAGCGACGAGAACGUCAACGCCUGCACCAUCAUGUGAUGCAUGCAUAUGUAUAGUCUCUCGAUCGUAUCAUGUGUAGUAGUACGAGCUAGCUAGUGCAUAUCGAUCUUCGUACUGUAUCAUAUCGAUCGAAAGAACCUUAAUAGCCAAUACAAGAGGAAUGUGAAUUAAGCAA